GCUAUGCGCGUUCAGCGGUUUCAAACUCCUCGCUUCCGCUCCCACUUUGCUGGGUCACUGAGCAAUUCGAGUUCUAGCUAUUCGUCUCGCGCUACUGGCACCGUCGAACGCUGACGUUGCUGAGUUUGGCGUUUGCGAUGAGGCGCGAAAACCGCUCUGCCGUACGCCUGGCGGGCGGAAGGGGCGUUGCCCCUACAUAUACCGCCGGGGCUUCAUUGUUUGACAUAACACUUGGUAGAGCAGCACACACCAUGCGGCUCACCGGUUUCGCUCUGGCAGUCAUCGGCCUACUGGCCAUCGGCGCGAGUGCCCAGCAGACGGGGCUCUACACCAGUUUCCCCUACUGCCAAUGCACCAAGACGCCCUCGGCGUAUCGGUUGUCGCCGACCGUCACAUCGACGGGCGCGGGCACCUACUGCUUCACGCUCAGCGCGAAGGUGCCGGCUGGCUGCACGCACAAGUGCUGCAAGGCUGACCUCAAGAAGAUUGAGUUCAACGUGAACGACGCGUGCGACGUCUUCUCGCCCUCUCUCAAGGCGACCAUCAACGGCGUGCGCACCAAGGUGGCCCCCGCCAUCAACAAGGCACAGAACGGCCCCGUGGGCUCCACCACCCUGGUGCUGACGCAGCUGGGUCUGGGGCUGGGCAACGACGGCGCCCAGGUCUGCAUCACGCUGGGUCUGAACAAGAACGGCAAGGGCUGCACCACCCUAGAGGAGCUGUGCGUGCCCCCGGCCGGCAUGCCCGCCGGCGUGUGCACGGCUGCCCUGUUUGACAGCCAGAACGACUGCUGCCCACUAUCCCAGGCCAACGUGCCCAGCCCGCCGCCGCCCUCUCCCCCUCCCCCGUCGCCUCCUCCUCCUUCUCCCCCUCCCCCCAGCCCGCCUGCCCGCUGCCGCGUGUGCGCCUACAUCGCCCUUCUGGACGUGAACAACAACGCGCCCUUCCCCUACUCCUUCAGCGAUGACCAAUGCGUGGAGGUCUCCGACGUCAUUGUCGCCGACAUUACCGCCCAGGCCGAAAGCGUCGGCGCCACCAUUGUCUCCGACUUCGCGCUCGUCUCCUGCCAGGGUCAGCAGAUCAAGGUGUGCGGCGAGUUCUUCUCCAACGAGGAGGGCGCGCUGCUGCAGGGCUUUGUGUCGGAGCAGGUCGCCAUCUGGCGCGACCUGAUCACCAUGGGCAGCUGCCCCGCCUACCUGACUGGCUAUACCGUGGUUGCGGCGGUUGGCGGCGACGGCACCGACGUCAACAACCUGCCGGUCACCUGCCUGGCAGCUGCCUCCAGCACCGCCUGCGCCCGGGAGACUGUGGACUUCCCCAAGUGCCAGUGCGUGACCCAGCCCUUCUCCACGCCCUUCGCUGCCAAGCCCGUCGUCACCACCAUGGACGGCCCCACCAAGGGAACCACCGCCUACUGCUUUGAGACCAUGCUGGUCACGCCAAACAACCCCGGCAGCAAGUGCGGCAAGACCGACAUGCUGCUCAAGGCCGAGUUCUACGCCGACGACGCCAAGCGCCGCAAGAUUACGAACAUCGGCGUCAAGCCCGCGGGCGGUGCCAUGAAAUGGCAGGCUCCCUCCUGGGGUGCCGUGGGCGAGUUCACGGUCAAGGCCACGCCGCUCAACUGGAGCAAGGCACAGGCCGACGGCGGCAUGCUGUGUCUGGUGCUCACCAACGACACCACCCUGAACGACUUCUGCAUGGGCAACACCGAGAAUACCUGCUGGAUUAACCUGUUCGACAGCACCAAGAACUGCUGCCCUCUGUACACGUCCAGCCUUUAAAGCGCUGUGUGCGUACAUAUUGAGCAACAUAAGCAGGCCUCUGGAGCUGGCAGGCGCAAUAAGCAGGCAGCGCUAGCAGCUACGGAUGGCCUUCUCAGCGUGGUGCGUGCGUGCGUGGGCGCUGAAACGUCCCGCGCGCACAGCACGGCUUAAUUCAUGCACGUGUGUGUGUAUGUAACAAUGCAAACGUGGGUCAAGUACUGUGUGGUGGAUGGAGUGUGGCCGGAAGGCCGGUGUGGGCGGGCGUGUAGAUUGGUAGGCCGGGUGGAGAUGUGGACAAUCGGAACAUGUAGAUAGCUCGUGACGUACAGACGCGGUUCGCAUCACGACGACGACUUUGACUGACGUGCAUUACUAUUUGGAUGCCCCGUGUGUGCAUAGCACCAGGGCAAACCCAACCCCUCUCUGCACGGAAUACAUUCGAACCUCACCGGACGGGCGGCAGGUGUGACGCGAUUUUGACGAGGCCGGCUCCGGUUUUGACUUGACCACAAUGUGACAAAAGCAAAUGGCCAAUUUUGUGGCGCCAAACGGCAAGCAAUGGACACACGCUUGAAAGCGUGUAUAUUUUGUAAGGUUCAACCAUC